UUCUAUUCUCUGGACAGUCAGCGGGGACUCUUCUGAGUUCUUGUAGCUUUUUCUUAAGGCCUAUAGGAAGUCGUCUGUGCUGAGCCUGCACUUUCUAUAACAGAUGGAAAACUGAGGCCCAGACCUCUUAAAUGGCAUUGACUUAGACAGACUAUAGAGCUAGUUAGUGGGGAGCCAGCACCAUGACCUGGCCCCUACCUCCAGCAGGCUUCACCCACCUUUGCACCCUUGCAGGAAGCACUUAGAGGCUUGAGGUUGCCAGCUGUGGGGGGUCGAGCCUGUGCAGUGCCUCUCAGCCGCCCACGCUGGUGGGGCUCUGCACUGUUAGCUUCUUGUUUCUCUAUUUUCUACCUAGGUUUCAGUUUUUCACUUGGGUUUGUUUCCCCUUUGUCUCUGGUUCAGCUUCCUUUUCCUGUUUGGUUUUAAGUAGGCUAUAAAAAUCAAGUUGCUGUCUUCAGAGGGUCUAUGGUCCUCUGAUCAACGUAGCCUGGUGGGAGUGAGUGCAGGACUCGCCUCCUCAGGGUUCCCUGUGCUGCCACUUUUCAGCCAUGGCCACAAGUGAACAGAGUAUCUGUCAAGCCCGGGCUUCCGUGAUGGUCUACGAUGACACCAGUAAGAAAUGGGUACCAAUCAAACCUGGCCAGCAGGGAUUCAGCCGGAUCAACAUCUACCACAACACUGCCAGCAACACCUUCAGAGUCGUUGGAGUCAAGCUGCAGGAUCAGCAGGUUGUGAUCAAUUAUUCAAUCGUGAAAGGGCUGAAGUACAAUCAGGCCACACCAACCUUCCACCAGUGGCGAGAUGCCCGCCAGGUCUACGGCUUAAACUUUGCAAGUAAAGAAGAGGCGACCACGUUCUCCAAUGCAAUGCUGUUUGCCCUGAACAUCAUGAAUUCCCAAGAAGGAGGCCCAUCCAGCCAGCGUCAGGUGCAGAAUGGCCCCUCUCCUGAUGAGAUGGACAUCCAGAGAAGACAAGUGAUGGAGCAGCACCAGCAGCAGCGUCAGGAAUCUCUAGAAAGAAGAACCUCGGCCACAGGGCCCAUCCUCCCACCAGGGCAUCCCUCCUCUGCAGCCAGCGCCCCCAUCUCAUGUAGUGGGCCUCCACCACCACCCCCACCCCCAGUCCCACCUCCACCCACGGGGGCUACCCCACCUCCCCCACCCCCACUGCCAGCUGGAGGAGCCCAGGGGUCCAGCCACGACGAGAGCUCCAUGUCAGGACUGGCCGCUGCCAUAGCUGGGGCCAAGCUGAGAAGAGUCCAACGGCCAGAAGAUGCAUCUGGAGGCUCCAGUCCCAGUGGGACCUCAAAGUCCGAUGCCAACCGGGCAAGCAGCGGGGGUGGUGGAGGAGGCCUCAUGGAGGAAAUGAACAAACUGCUGGCCAAGAGGAGAAAAGCAGCCUCCCAGUCAGACAAGCCAGCUGAGAAGAAGGAAGAUGAAAGCCAAACGGAAGAUCCUAGUACCUCCCCCUCUCCAGGGACCCGAGCAGCCAGCCAGCCACCUAACUCCUCAGAGGCUGGCCGGAAGCCCUGGGAGCGGAGCAACUCGGUGGAGAAGCCUGUGUCCUCAAUUCUGUCCAGAACCCCGUCCGUGGCAAAGAGCCCUGAAGCUAAGAGCCCCCUUCAGUCGCAGCCUCACUCUAGGAUGAAGCCUGCUGGGAGCGUGAAUGACAUGGCCCUGGAUGCCUUCGACUUGGACCGGAUGAAGCAGGAGAUCCUAGAGGAGGUGGUGAGAGAGCUCCACAAGGUGAAAGAGGAGAUCAUCGACGGUGAGUGGGGCCCCGCCGCGGUGGACGGCACCCAGGUGGGGCCGCAGGACAAGGGUCCCUGUCGCCCAGGCUGGGGGCCUCCAGUUUUGAGCUGGAGCCCAUACUGCACUGGGCCCUGUGGGAGAUUUCAUUCUUCUUACAGUCUCUAGUGGAGGAAACAGGCUCAGGAAAGCUAAGUGGCUUGCCUAAGAAUUUGUAGCUCCCUGGCUAGCAUGACACCCGAAUCUGACCUUCCACAUCCCCGGCACCUUCCUGGAAGACCCACGUGGGAAGUGCAUGGAGGGGAGACCCCGACAUCGUUCCAGAGCCAGGUCUGGAGGAGCCACCUGAGCUUCUGUCAUUUCACCCCCUGGCAGUUUAUAUUGCCUUCUUGAUACUGCCACCUCCAGUCACUGGUGUUGGGGUUCUGAGGGGACCACUCUGCCUUCCUGGGGGUACAGGGAGACCAAGGACUACAGAAGCACCUUCCAGGCCUGAGCUCGUUCACAGCCUGCCUGGCCCUGGGCUGGGGAACAGGCGGGGAGCAGCCUCUGGCUCCAGAGCAGGGUGGGUCUCAAUGCAUCACAUCCGUCCUUCCGGUUCCCACCAGAGCCUUUGAGCGCUCUGGCUCAGAUCUGCAGCCAGAGGAAAAGGGGGAGUCUGGGCAGGGCAGGCUCAGUCUAGGGACAGAGCUGUGCAGCGCAGCCAGUGCCAGCUCCCCACCUGCCUCCCCAACCAGGGUGAUAAAGGCUGACACCUGGGUGUGUAGCUGGGUCUGGCCCCCAGGGCAUCGCAGUGACCUGCACAAAAGGGUCCCAUAAGCACACAGGGUUGGAGGCUGAUGGCAGAGGGAAGAGGCAGGUGGGAGCCCAAAGACCCAGGCCUCCUCCCCCAGCCGGCCCACCCUUGUUUGAGCAGAGAGCACUCAGUUCCUGUUUGUCCAGUUCCCCCAAAGGCCUGGGCUGGGGAGAUAAGGAGUUAACAAAUGAGGGGAAUGAGGCAGCCUGGGCGAUAGGCAGGCACCCAGCCAACUGGUCACACCACCUUACUGCUGGGUGCCGUCCGGCCCCAGGCAUAGCUGGGUCAGAAACCCAGGGCCCACCACAGCCUCUCCACCUGCUGUGGGUGCAGCCCCAGGUGGAACCCACCCUGGCUGAGAGCCCGGGGGGAGGCAUGGGCCAUGCCAGGGGCUCUGAGAAGCAGCCCCCAGCACCUUCUCCUGGCUGUUGGCUCUUGGCCCAACAAGGUCCAUCCAGGGAGAGGCCUGAGUUGACAUAGAGGAGGGGGAGUUCAGGAGGGGACAGAUACCAGAAGAAGGAGGGAAAGGCCCAAAUUUGGGAGGCCGGGGGUUAGAGCACUAGCUUGGGGUGGUGAGGAAGCCGGCGGGGAGGCAAGAAGACAAGAGAGGCCCCUGCCUCUCCUGAGGAGUGGGCAGAGCCAGGGCAGUCCCUGGGGUCCAGGGCCAAGAUUUCCUGCUGACCCCUGCAGGAGCUGGGAGGGCAGAGCCUCGGCCUCCACUAUGUUGGGGGAAGGGCUCCUGCACCCCCGGCACCUGGACACCCACCUGUCCAGAGCCUACAAAGACCCUGCAUCCCCACACAGAGCAGCUCCUCACACUAGGGUUCCAGUGCCCAGCACUCCUCAGCAGCAGUGAGGCCACAGGCAGGGCACCGGCCUCUGUCCCCACGCCAGGUCUUCCCCUAGUAGGGCAGUGGCAGCAGGGGCCGCCGCAGAAGGAAUGGCGAUGAGACCCAAAGCCUUUGGUCAUCACCCCAGAGGUCUACGCCAAAGCCUGGGUGGGGCUCCCAGGAGAUGGAGCAGGGGCAGAUAUCAGGCAGUUCCACGCCAGGGGUGUGGGACCCUGAUGAGGAGCCGGGCUGUACUGGUCAUGGCUGCACCUGAGCCACGACCUGUCCCGCAGCCAUCAGGCAGGAGCUGAGUGGGAUCAGCACCACGUAAGGGGCCGGCCUUGCUGCACUGAUUCGUCGAGCCCAUCCGGCGACAGAGGACAGCCAGGAGCCCAGCCAGCCCCAGACUCCAGUGCACCAGAGCACGCACAGGAGCCUGGGCGCGCUGCUGUGAAAUGUCCUGACCUGUGAUCACACGUGACAGUGAGGAAACCAAGUGCAACUCCCGGGUUUUUUUAGAUUCUACCUGACACAGAACACCAGGUCUGCUCGUCUUUUCUGUGUUUUAUAUUUGCUUAUUUAAGGUACAUUUCUUUGGGUUUCUAGAGAGACACCCCUAAGUCACCUGCUUCAUUAGACGGUUUCCAGGUUUUCUCCCAGGUGACGCUGUUAGCACCUCAGCUGGCAGUGACAGCCGGCCCAGCGUGGCGCCACCACGCACCGCAGAGCUGUCCAGGCACAGCUCCGUCCCCAGCGCUCAUGGUGUUGAAACUGUCUGUCAUGCACCACAGUGUCUGUGUCCACACAGUAAUAAACGGUUUACUGUCUGCA